AGUGGCUACUGGCUGGCAGCGACGAGCGUUUCAUUUGUGGUGCUGGCGUAGGCGUGACGCCAUGUUGUGAAAAGUGUCUGGCAAAAAGUGAAAAAUUCGCACGGAAAACUGCACUCGAGCGUCGCGAAAACAAAAAGAAUAUCCAAAGCGAUCCAAAUUUAGGACUAGAAUUCUAGUGACAGAGUGAGAGGGAGGCAGCAGCCAGCGAGUCAAUGGCCAACCGAUUUGUAGGCCCCAGUGGUGCCAUAGUGGUGCUGCUGCUGGCGGUGGUGCAGUGCAUCCAAGCCAUACCACAGCGCACCGCCGCAUUUUCGCUGCAGGCUGCCGUGGAUGAACUGCAUCGACGGGAGGCGGCGAAAUAUCCUCUGAAUGCCCCGCCGCCACCCACUUUGGAUGACUGGGACGAAGAAGGCGAUUUAUUUGGCAAGAAUAGGAAUCGGAAUCGCCAUCGAGUAAAUAAGGCACUCGGCAAGUACUUAGAACGCGACGAGGACAUCUACGGUCCGGAUCACAACCUGGGAUUGGGCCUGGGUCUGGGAUUGGGACUAGGAUUCGAGGACGGAGGAGAUUUGGGGCCGAAUAAUCUCCAGCUGGCCGAUGAGAAGAGAAAGCGCUUCUCCUCUUUUCGGGAACGUGACGAGCAGUUCGAUUCCGUACCCUCGGCUUUCCGAGAGCGUGAGAACCAGCCAUUGAACGCAGAGCCCGCGCACAAUGAGCUGACGGAUCAGUUCCUGCGCGAGAUCGAGGAGGCCAGGGAUCGGGAUGCAGUGCGUCAGUGGUGGCACCACCUGGACCAGGCCAAGAGCCAGCAGCAACAGGAGCCGGAGCCCCAGGAGGGCGAACUGUUCGAGCAGAAGAAGCGGAUGCGAGUGCCGCCCUAUUACCUGCUGAUGCAGAAGAAGCGCUCCUAUCCGGUGCUCCCAUGGCUGCCCUAUAACGGCGACAAGAGGAAGCGCUUCCCGGUGGCCAAGCGGAGCACCAGCAACGCCGGCAACCCGGAAGCCCCGCUGGGCAGGACCGAUGAGCGAGUGGCCCAAGAGUUGAGCGAGCUGUUCGGCCAGCCGGGGGAACCCCAAUCGCAUCCCGAGGAGAAGCGCAAGCGAUCGGCGGAUGAGCAGCCCAAGGUUACCACCAACCAGCCCGAAUCCCCGCCAGCCACGGCCACCGCCACCGCCCUGGGAGACAUGCGCCUGGAGAUCAACUUCCAGCGGGUGAACGUGACGCCCAAGGAAACGUCCACGUCGGCUCCUCCGGGCGCCGGUGAAAUGGUCCAGCACGGCGGUCAUGCCGGACAUCACGGUGGCCAUGGUCUCCCCGGAAUGUCACCCGAUUACCGCCACCGGAAGCGCAGUGACCACGCGCACGGCGAGAACGUCGAGGACCCGGAGGCCGAUGAGCACGAUGAGGAGGGGGAGGAGAGCUCCGAUGAGGACGACCACGACGAGUUCGACGAGGAGGAUGGCGAGGGUGACCAGGAGGCGGAGGAAGCGGAGGAGCGGCGGCGCAAGAAGAAGCGGGCUGCGGCCACUUUAUCCGGCGGCUCUGGUGGCUCCAAGCACCUGCAUGCCCCCACAGUGGGUCACCUGAUGCUCCGGGCCAAGAAGUCCAUCGAUUGGUCGCAGUACUUUGGACUGGAUCGCAAGAAGAAGUCCGCACAGAAGAAUGAGGAACUCAAGAAACGCAGCGAAGCGGACAGUAGCAGCAAUAACGAUGACGAGGACGACAAUGAAAGCUCCGAGGCGGAGAAGAAGAAGCGGGACUUCGAUUCCGAGAAACUGGAUAGCAUGGACAAGAAGCUGCAGUCCAUCGAGGACUUCAUCAUCGACGAGACCAUCAAGUACACGGGCGCCCAUGAGGGUCUCAACAGCAAGGACGAUAUUCGCAGGAUCAAGGACCAUGUCCUCUCCCGCCUGGCAACUGCUUACAGCUUGGAGAAAAUGCGCAGGGCCUUGGAUAAGCUGAGGAGGUCGGUGGACAACGAGAAUCACCUUAUGCGCAAUACCAUCGAACCGGAAUCGGAGGAGAACGCCUUGGAUUCCAACUACUGGCUGGCCAAGAAGUCCGUGAAGAAGGAGCAGGCAGAGCAGCUGGCGGAGGAUUCGAAGCCCCCCAAGGACAUGGAGAAGAAGAAGCGCAGUGGCUACCUGCGCUAUCCGGAGCAGCCAAAUGCCAUGGACGAGGCCCUCAGCCUGGGCAGUGCUCCCUACGAGACCCUAAACGACGCCUAUCUGGGCAACAAGAACUACAUCGUGGGCUCCAACCAGUGCCCCAUCAUCGAGUCCAUGGCGGAGCGCUGCCGGGGCGUUGAUCUCAUCUCCGGGGACAUCAAUCAGGAGCUCCUGCCCCUUUGCGGCGUUCACCAAAUAUGCUAUCUAUGUGGUGCCUCGCAGGUGGCCUGCGACUAUCAGUAUUUGGCGGAGGCGGAUGGCAUUUGCGGCGACAGCAACGAGUGCCAGUCGGCGGCCCGCUCCAUCCUGAUGAUUCUGCGGGGAUCCCCCGGCCGGCAGCUGGGUCCUCGGGAGUGCUUGAAGAACCCCUGCUUGUACAGGGCCAUGCGGGAGAUCGGGCUCUAAGCGGACUGUUCCAGACUGCCGCCCAGCGUUUUCCUAACGUCCUUUGUGUGCGUUUAAAAAGAAAAACAAAAAUCGAAAAUGAAAAAUAAAAAAUGAAAAAGGAAAAAACCGUAAUGCAACCCAGAGAGAGAAGAUAAAAAUAUGAGCCCAAAAAAAACUAUAAAUACAAAAUACAAACCAUGCUGAACUAGCAAAAAUCAAACAAUUGAUUCAAAACUAAAUAGUCGUCGCAUAUAAAGACAUAAAUAUUUUGAUGGAUUUUCCUGUCCGCCCUUCGAGGCGGCAGCAGCCAACUAGAGUUUACCAGAUACCUAAAGAGAUGCAUAUAUAUAUAUACAAUUUUGAUUCAGUUCAUCGCAGUAGACGCCCGAAAGAGGCCCGAUUUAUUUCGUUUUAAGUGUUCGGUGUGAAAUGGAAUUUUUCGAAACAUAUUUGCACGUUUUAUGGGUGUUUUAGUAUACAAGCGUGAUCAUAACCGAAAUAACAUACAUAUGCGUAACGUAACCAGGAUAUACAAGUAAUUAAUCCACAACCAGCUUCUUAAGUAAUUUAAUUCGCUUGACAUUCUAAGCAGAAAGAAAGCAGAGCUCACAUUGGCAGCUAGUCCUCCAGAGUCACCGCUAGAAUGCUUCAAUUCGGUUCGACUUGGUGUGCGCACAGACCACACAUCUGCAACACACAAAAUAUAUAUCGAUUUUAGCCUACACCGAGGAAUAAAACUUCUAGGCGGACAUCACUCGCAGAGCGACGAGUAACUAACUAUCCAGAGACUCUUCUCUCUCCCGCAUUACUUGUCUACAGAUGAACAUAUACAUAAAUGUGUUUCAACGUGCUUACAAUAAACGGACAUAACUAAGACAAAUAUUUAAAGCUCUAACAAAUCUAUAGAUGUGAUUACUAAUAUACAAGGAGUUUAAUAAAUGUGUAAAUCUUUUAGGGCGAGCAUAUAUACUAUACCAAUCUGAACAACAGCAAGACGUUUGGUUGCAAAAUCAAAAUAUUAUUAAUGUAUUUACAUAAACGAAUAUAUAUAUUUGAACUUGAUGUAUAUGCUACAGUUUGAAAAACAAAACCCAAAAAAAAACCGUAUUUGAAAAUAUUUAUUGCUAUACAGUUAUCAUAAAUGUCGAAUAUAAAUAUAUCGGGGAUAUCCCAAA